GUCGGAGCCUCGAGCACUCUUUGGAGCAUAUGCUCUGAUGGCCCUGCGUUUCAAGCUCUCUCUUUUUCUGCUGCACGCUGCCUUGGAGAGCAACCGAUGACUUCACACGAGGCUUGUUCCGUUAGCUCUCCUCCUCGUUCCCCCCUCUUCCCUAUACUCUGCAAAAACCAAGCCUGGUCUGUAGCACGUUUAUCUACAAGGCAGCUCUGGGUCACCAGAACCGCCUGUCAAUGCACUGGAUGCUUAAGGGGCGUUUUAGCUUUUUGACACAUUUACGCUCUGACAUGCUCGAUGGCAAACCCUCUUUUUUUUUAGCUCACCUCUAUAUCACUGCGGUUGCCCUUCACUUCCGAGGUCAUCUGCCAGACUGAUAUUAGGGCUGCCGUGUUUGCUGCUACUUCGUAGCGUUUGACAGCCGCGGUCAUUUGUUCAGCACUGUUCAGAUAAAAAAACGCUUGUUCGAUUGCCUUGCAAUGCUCGGAGAUGCAACCAUCCUGCAUAUGAUGCGACAAUGGGCCCAGCAAACAUAGCCCGCUGGGAGUGCAGCUGCAUUUUACGAGAUGAGGGAUAUAAAUAUCCGAAGAUACCUUCUGAAAAACUGCCCAAGUAUUCUUCCACGUCGACCGUGUUGAUUGUUUGAUCUAAUUCCUUUUUUUUGAUGGCCCGUCUCCUCGAUUGCACUCCACCUGAACCCCCUCAGACCGUUUAAUUUAAGACACAUUAGGGAUAUAUGUCCGGGGGCGCAACACCCUGGAUACCAGCACUUGUAAACAAACCGCCUUGAUCUGCAUGAGAGCGAGGGAGGACAAUGUUCGCUGAACGCUCUCGUCAACCACCCGAUCCUACCGGGUGGAGAGGCCGGCUAGGGUUUCCACUGAUCUUUUCCAGGCCCAACAACCGCACCGCCGGAAGAAACUACCCGUAUCGACACUACGGCCCUGGGUUUCACAGCGGAGAGAAUCUUCUCCUGCAGGAACAAGGUCGACGAGCACAGCAAUCCCGAUGCACCGGCGUCCAGGCAGGUUGCUAUUGCUCCCAUUGCUACGGCGUUCCCCAGCACCAAGUUCACGAUGGGCGUCAUGGGAUUAUAGCCCCCGGCCACAUCCAUCACCACCAAAAUGUGCAUGACUUGGUCCCUCGUCCUCCUCCGGCAAGGACAAACCCUACCAGUCCCCAUUCCAUGCAUCGUCAUCGCUCGUUGCCAGGAUUCCGCCAGGUACCCGAACCAAUAUAUCCAAGGAUACCAGCCGGACGGCGCGAGCCUGUGUUCAUACCCACACCACACCUUCGCACUCAGCAAGCUCCAAGAUCAUCACGAUACGAUAGCUCGGAUGAUGAGCCACUUAUGAGAUGGAACGUGCUCGGCUUCGAUGACUCGUGUUGCAGCUCAGACGAUGAAUCGAGCCUCAGCAGGACCCGCCGCCAGCGGUCAUCCUCUCUGUCUUCCGAUGGCUCAUCUACUGCCUCGGGAGGAUGGUCGAUGCUUACCCCAUACCAUUCCCAGAGGAGAUUUUCAGAUUGGGAUGAUUCCGCUUCUUGGUCAAGGGAAAGGGGCAAUUCGUGGUGGUUCACCCCUAGGUGGCGAACUUGAUGCUACGAGUUUUGAUUCACAGUCUGAGAAACUUUCACCGCCUAUGACUGCUACGUAUAUGUACAGAUUCAUUCGUUGUGUUAAGGGAAGUUUUGUCGUCACACUUCUCAGACCAUCGUUUAUAGCAUUACGAAAGGUAGCCGGAGGCAAAGCGUGUGUUGUCUUAUUCUUGGCUUGGCUUCUUGUUCAUGAUGUAUCAAAAGGGAUAUGUGGGUGAGAAAGAGUAGUAAAUCUUGAAAAUGUCCCUUUAUAUACGAGGCUCGAAACAUUCUGAAUGACGUCGAUUAGUUCCUAGUCAACGAGCAAACAAACCAGCAUCCCAGUUAAGUUUUACCAUAUUCGGGUA